AUGGAGUUUGUGGCCGCGCUGCGCCUCUGCCUGUGGCUGGGGCUGGGGCUGGGGUUGGGACCCGGGCCGGGGCCGGGGCUGGGCCACCCGCAGCCCUGUCCCCGGGGUGCGCAGCUCGGAGCCCCGCUGCGCCUGGGCGCCCUCCUGCCCCGGGCGGCGGCCCUGCAGCGCCGCUUGCGGCGCGCCCUAGCCCGGGCCAUCUCAGAGGGCGCGUGGGGAACCGAGCCGGAGCUGGAGCUGGGGUUGGGGCUGGGGCCCGAACCGGAGCCGGAGCUAGAGCUGGAGGCCCCCGCGCCCCCCUCCCGGGACCCCGCCUCACUGGCCGCCUGGCUGUGCCGCCUGCUGGCCCGGCCCGGGCUGGCUGCACUGCUGGCCUUCCCCGAAUCCCGGCCGGAGCUGCUGCAGCUUCACUUCCUGGCCGCCAGUCUGGAGACCCCCGUGCUGAGCCUGCUGCAGCUGGACGCGCGCCUGCCGCCUGCCACGCCGAAUCCCUUCCACCUGCAGCUGGACUGGGCCAGCCCCAUGGAGACACUAGUGGAUGUGCUCCUCUCUGUGCUUCGGGUCCAUUCCUGGAAGGACAUCGCCUUGGUCCUGUGCCGCAUCCGUGACCCCGGAAGCUUCUUAGACUUCUGGACCCAGCGCACGGGGCUGGCCCCGAGGAUGACCCUAGAGCUGAGCCGGCUGCCCGGAGCUCUGACCCGCCUCGAGGCCCUGGCCGGGGAGCCUCCCCCUGUCACAGCCGCCGUCCUGUUUGGCUGUGACGCCAACCGUGCCCUCCAAGUGUUGGCCGCAGCCCCCCCGGGACCCCGCUGGCUCCUGGGCACGCCCCUGGAGGCCACAGAGCUGCCUACGCAGGGCCUGCCCCCGGGACUGCUGGCCUUUGGUGGGGACAGCCGGCCCCCUCUGGAGGAUCUCACCCAAGAUGCCGCAGGGCUGGUGGUGCAGGCUCUGGGCAGGGCUGCCCAUGCCCAGCCUGACCACGCCAUCUCGCCCUCAGCAGUCAGCUGUAGCAGCCCCCGACUGGCAGGGCCCAACUCCUGGGGCCAGCGCCUAGCAGGGUUCCUGGCCAAUGCUUCCUUCGACGGUCGGACAGGCCACAUGUGGGUGACCGGCACCUCCCAGGUCCACCUCCAGCGCCACUUCCAGGUGUGGAGCCUCCUGCGGGACCCCCGGGGUGCCCCAGCCUGGGUGACGGUGGGCCACUGGCAGGACGGGCGGCUGGAGCCGGUGGCGGGCGGGGUGUGGCCGGGGGCGGGGGGCCUCGGAGGGCGGACGCCCGCCCAGUCCUCUCUGCUGGAGCCUGAGGUCGGGCAGCAGAAGCUGCGGGUGGUCACCUUGGUGGAACACCCCUUUGUCUUCACCCGGGAGGUGGAUGAGGACGGGCUCUGUCCGGCCGGCCAGCUGUGCCUGGACCCCGGCACCAACGAUUCGGCUGUCCUGGGCGAGCUCUUCGCCGCGCUGGACGAUCCGGGCAACAGCUCGGUGCCCCGGGAGCUGCGCAAAUGCUGCUACGGCUACUGCAUCGACCUGCUGGAGCGGCUGGCGGAGGACCUGCCCUUUGCUUUCGAGCUGUACAUCGUGGGGGACGGCAAGUACGGCGCCUGGCGCGACGGGCGCUGGACCGGCCUGGUGGGGGACCUGCUGGCAGGCAGCGCCCACAUGGCCGUCACCAGCUUCAGCAUCAACUCGGCGCGCAGCCAGGUCAUUGACUUCACCAGCCCCUUCUUCUCCACCAGCCUGGGCAUCCUGGUCCGGACCCGCGACACGGCCUCGCCCAUCGGGGCCUUCAUGUGGCCCCUGCACUGGACCAUGUGGGUGGGGGUCUUCGUGGCCCUGCACCUGACUGCCCUCUUCCUCACACUCUACGAGUGGCGCAGCCCCUACGGCAUGACCCCCCAUGGGCGCAACCGCCUCAAGGUCUUCUCCUACUCCUCCGCCCUCAACCUCUGCUACGCCAUCCUGUUCGGGCGCACCGUCUCCAGCAAGACGCCCAAGUGCCCCACGGGACGCUUCCUCAUGAACCUCUGGGCCAUCUUCGGCCUCCUGGUCCUCUCCAGCUACACGGCCAACCUGGCCGCGGUGAUGGUGGGGGAGAAGACCUUUGAGGAACUGUCGGGCAUCCAUGACCCUAAGCUCCACCACCCCUCCCAAGGCUUCCGCUUCGGCACCGUGUGGGAGAGCAGCGCCGAGGCCUACAUCAGGAAAAGCUUCCCGGAGAUGGCCGAGUACAUGCGGAGGCACAACGUGCCCACCACGCCCGACGGGGUCACCAUGCUCACGACGGACCCUCCCAAGCUCAACGCCUUCAUCAUGGACAAGUCUCUGCUGGACUAUGAGGUGUCUAUCGAUGCGGACUGCAAACUGCUGACUGUGGGGAAGCCAUUUGCCAUCGAAGGCUACGGGAUCGGGCUACCUCGGAACUCGCCUCUCACCUCCAACCUGUCCGAGUUCAUCAGCCGCUACAAGUCAUCAGGGUUCAUUGAUCUGUUGCAUGACAAAUGGUACAAAAUGGUGCCCUGUGGCAAGAGGGUCAUUGCCGUCACGGAGACUCUGCAGAUGGGCAUCUACCACUUCUCGGGGCUCUUUGUGCUGCUCUGCCUGGGCCUGGGCUGCGCCCUCCUCACCUCCCUGGGCGAGCACAUCUUCUACCGCUUGGUCCUUCCUCGCAUCCGCAAGCACGCCAAGCUGCAGUACUGGCUGCACACCAGCCAGAAAAUCCAUCGGGCUCUCAACACCGACUUAGAUCAGCAGAAGAACCAGAAAUCAGAGCCGGAGCCGGAGCCGGAGCCGGAGCCGGAGCCGGAGCCGGAGCCAAGUUGUGAUACCCAGAGUGAGGAGAGCAGCAGAAACAGCCUUAGGCCAGCCGCAAAGGGCGAACGCAGGGUCCGGUUUCAGGAACCGGAGGUCAAAGGGCCCGACCUGCAGCUCACCAACGGGCGCCUGCCCCAGCAGCAGCCCGAAGCCCGUCCCCAGGCUGCUCCCCUGGCAGCCGCUGCGGCUCUUACCACCCAAAGUGAGCUGAAGGCCCUGGAGCAGAGAAUCGAGGGCAUGCGGGAUCAGCUCCGGGCUGCCCUGCUCAGGAAGAGCGAGCUGGUCCUCCUGCUUGGGAGGGACCUGCCCUCCCGCAGCCGGCUCCUGCCGCCCCCCCAGGAGAUCAGCGAGGACAGGUAACCCCGCCAGAAUGCCCACCAAUUCCACGGCCUCCCGCCCCCUGGUGCCAGCCUGCCGGAGCACGUGGGAAGGCAGCAGAUGGAAAACCGGUGGACCCACCUUAGCUCUUCUGCUUUGCUGCGCUGGGCCUUCUGGGCCAACUGCUACCUGCCUUUGGGGGGGCUCAUCCUAUUCAGUCCAACCGCUGAUGCCCUCAGGCCCCUGCACAAAUGGAGCUCCCUUCCCAGGACAGGCCCCACUUUUAGGGUCAGCUGGUCAGUACAGGGCCCAGGGAGAGGACUUUGACCCUCGGCACAGCAGAAAACCACACAAGGUAACUCUGAGAAGUGCCCUGCAUGCCUAGGAGCUUCAUCUUAAAUCAGAACACAUGCGGCGUCGGCCUGCGCUGCAAAGGUCACCUCUGGCCCGGAUCGACCCCAGCAGCUUCUCUCAUCUUAGGGCCACUACAAUCCACAAUCCUCUAGUUAUAGCAGGCAAAAAAUUUUAAUACAUUUAAAAAUAUUUUAGACACCAUAAACAGAAAAAACCACAGGUAAUGAUCUUCGCUGUCCCAUGGGGCAGAAUCAGGCCAGAUGCAGGAUCACUGUAGCGAAUAACCCCCAACAUGCCUACCCAGAAAGGACAUGGGAGAAGAGGGACGACCCGCCGGCUCCAGCACCGCACCAAGUGCAAAAGAAAACCCUGAGGACUGGAGAGGCCAAGGAGAACUGCAUGGGAUGGGAUGUGGAGGGGACAGCCAGGGCCAUGACAGCCCAACUCUGGCCCUUUCCACCAGCCUGGCAGGCCCUUUUAACCUCUCUGGGGGAAGUGAUCUGUUCUGAAGUUACAAUGAAAGAAGUGGAGGGGGAGUCAAUCCAGAGAAAGCAACUGUUAGAUAGACUAUUUAUUAUAUAUACAAACACAAUUUUUGUACAUUACAAUUAAAUAGAAUGGAAUGAA